AACUUGAGUAUUUUUUCUCGGCUGGCUUAGUCGCUAGUCGUAUUCGAAACGCGCGAGGUGUAGUCUCCUGCAUCAUGGUGUUUGUCCAUCACCGCCACCGGCUCUCGUCCACCAAGAUCUCGAAAAUCGAGUACAAGUUCCAAAAGGACUUUUGACGACCGGCGCCCGACGGUGUUUAGCUUAAUCGUCGUUUUUUAGCUGAAUUCCCCGAUUGUUUUCUAGAUUUUUCGGUGCGGGAAAUGGUGUUCGCGUCUGUUGUUUGUGUUGUGUGCGAGCGUGCUGACUCCGGUUCGGAUUGUGACAGUAAUUGAAAAGGAAGACAACUCGUUUGAUACUACCGACCCGCAACGAUUAGUUGCUCAACUUCCUAGCCCAACAGCAACUGGUUGCCCGACUCAUCAUCCCAACAGCAACAGGUUGCCCAACUCGGAACGAUCCCGGUGAUUCGAUCCUCAAAAGUCAUUUUUCUCGGUGUGAGGAGAAGGAAAUCCAAGGCUGUACUUCGACUGUGAUAUCUAAAUUUUAGGUUCGAUAGCGUAGCGUUAAAUUGUGUCCACUAUUAAUCAUUCCGUGUCCUCGUUUGUUGUGUUUUGAACCAGGACUGUUACUCUCUUUCGGUCAGUAGUGUGUUUUUUAGUCAUUCUAUCCUUUCGACAACGGUUCCCUUUUUUUUUAGCAAAAUUAAUUGAUAGCAGGUAAUCUUUUGAGACUUCCUAUCUUGGAUUCUUGGCCCCUCUCCUCGCAUUUUGAUCAUAUACCUUCAAAUGCUCAAGUUGGUUCCGGCAUCGCUAGGAACUCCAUUACAGUGCAAGGUCUGCAGGCAGACGGAAGGCAAUCAUCUCCAACCGCGCAAAUAACUUCCUUUGAUCGGCGAAAAUAAUUUAUAGACACUCGAGCCUCUUAAUUCCCUUGCAUUCCAUUAUCUUUUAAAAUUAUAAAUCAUCCGGUCUGCACUUUCGAGCGGAAAGUCCGCCGAUUAAAAAACGAUCAACCGUAAAAUACUCAACAAAAUUGAGCUUAAACCGGUCUCCAGGGUGAUAAGGUUCAACGAUUGACGCGUUUCAGCCACCUUAUCCUCGAUUGUUAUUAUCGUGAGAUUCGUAAAUACUCGGUAGUUCCAUUGCCCCUCUCAAAAGCAACACUCACAAAGUCGCCGACACCCCGCUCAAAUCGAACUUCCGCGCAAUAAUGUCUCCGUCGAAUUUCUAGACGUUGCCAUGUCUCUCAUAAAUAAUAAUAACAACAACAACAUCAGCAGCGUGAAGGCCAAGCUGCUGCCCAGCGGGGGGCCGGUACCGCGGAUCGUGAGCCAGAAGUUGGCCGAUAACAAGAUCAACCACCCGGUGCACAUUACAGAGGUCUCGGGUUCGAGUCCCGGCAGCCGGGCCAGAAUGGCUCAGCGCGUCUUGGAGAACGAGCGGGUCCAGGAGGAGACCCGGAAACUCCUCCUCAACGGGAACAACUCCAAGCCCGGGAGCCAGCAGCAGAAGAUCAUCAUCGUGCCCCUGGACAAGGAGCAUCACCACCAUCACCACCACCACCAGCACCAUAGGAAGCGGAAGAGCGAGAAGGGUGCCGGAAGUACGGGUAGCAGUGGAAGCGGGAGCGGGACAUGGAAGCCGUCGCUGGACAGUCUGGUGGUGCCGCGGGCGGCGUCCGGGGCGGCGAGUCUGCGGUCGCUGAGGGUGCCGGUCAGCGAGGAGCAGCACCUGGUCAUCCCGACGUCGCCGAGUCUGGCGUCGUUCGCUUUCGGGGACUCGCCCAACUCGAACCUCCUGCGACCCCUCUCGCAGGUCGUCUCGGUGCGGUCCCUGGCCUCCAUCGGCAUGGGCUCCACCGACGGCAAGAAGAUGACCAUCCGCAAGGUCCCCACCUCCCCCUCGGAGCUCCUCAACAUCGCAGACCCAAGCAUGUUCCUGAGCGAAGAUGAGUACUCUUCGUCCUCGAGCUACUCGCGCUCCUGUUCCGACUCAGGGAUGCACUACAAGCCGCGGCCCCGUAAGAGGGAGCACUGGGCCACCAAACUCCAAUUUAUCCUGGCAUGCGUCGGCUACUCCGUCGGCCUCGGCAGCCUCUGGAGGUUCCCCUAUCUCUGCUACAAGAGCGGCGGCGGAGUGUUUUUAGUUCCAUACUUCAUCAUGCAGCUUUUGUGUGGAGUGCCAUUAAUGUACAUGGAACUAGCCAUUGGCCAGUUCACCAAAAGGGGUCCUAUUGGAGCCUUGUCAAAACUAUGUCCAUUUUUCAAAGGAGCUGGUCUCUCGAGUGUAAUAUUGUCAUUCUUCAUGUCCUCGUACUACAGUGUCAUCAUAGCUUACUCCAUCUACUACUUCUUCACGGCGUUCCGCAGUCUACCACCGUGGAGUCACUGCGGCAACAAGUGGAACACCCCUAACUGCUGGUCGCCGGAUCUCAUGAAGCUCAAUAAUGGCUCGAAUCCUCAGCCAAAAUUCUCACAGUCCCCUGGUGAAGAGUUCUUUAACAACAAGGUGCUCCAGCUGAGUUCGGGUAUCGAGGCGGUGGGGGUGCUGCGGUGGGAGCUGGUGGCGUGUCUGCUGGCCGCCUGGAUCCUCGUCUACUUCGCCGUCUGGAAAAGUGUCCGCUCUUCCGGCCGAGUCCGCUACAUCACGGCCACCCUCCCCUACCUCCUCAUCGCCAUCUUCUUCGGAUACUCCCUCACCCUGAAGGGCGCUGACCUCGGGCUCAACUACCUCUUCCUCCCCCAGUGGGAGCUCCUCGCCGAUGCCAAGGUGUGGAUCUAUGCAGCAGCACAAACUUUCAAUUCCAUUGGAAUAGCUUUCGGGUCUGUAAUAUCGUUGGCGAGUUAUAACCGCUAUGGAAACCAGAUCUUCCGUGACACAAUCACCGUCUCUGUGAUCAACACUCUGGCCAGUAUCCUUGUCGGUGCUUUUGCCUUCGUCACUAUUGGUAACAUUGCUGCUGAACAAAACACCUCGAUCGAUGAUGUUAUUGCAGAUGAUCCUGGAUUAAUAUUUGUCGUAUAUCCACAAGCACUGUCCAAAAUGCCUUACUCAAACUUCUGGGCGGUACUAUUUUUCUUCACUCUCCUGUGUAUAGGCCUUAAUAGUCAAUUUGCCAUUGUGGAGGUUGUUGUGACUUCAGUGCAGGAUGGCUUCCCUAACUGGAUCAAGAGAAAAUUAGUCUGUCAUGAGAUUUUGGCCCUUGUUGUCUGUACAAGUUCCUUUGCAUUUGGUCUGAUUUAUGUGACUCAGGGUGGAAUGUAUUUCCUUCAACUGAUGGAUCACUUUGCAGCAUCUGUGACAGUGUUGAGCAUUGCUUUGAUAGAGCUAGUUGCAGUGUCUUGGUUCUAUGGUGCCAAUCGCCUUGCUCGGGACAUCGUCCACAUGACAGGAAAGCGACCAGGAAACUUUUUUACUACAUGCUGGUGGCUUGUCACGCCUGUUUUCUUGCUGGGUGUAUGGACCUUCAGUUUCUUGGACUAUGAGAGUCCCUCAUACAAUAAUGCAACUUAUCGCUAUCCAUUCUGGGCUGAAUACCUUGGAUGGCUCAUUGCUUUUAUUCCUUUAUCAUGCGUCCCCAUCAUAGCCAUUUAUACAGUCAUCAAAAUGGAAGGUGCUUCUUGGAGAGAAAAACUAGCAAACUCCUUCAAACCACGACUGGAUCCUGGAAGUCAAAUGGAUUAUAGAGAUGAUCACAUUCACGACAACAUAAAAGAGCUAUCUACUUUGAUAGAGUGCAAGAUUCAGCCACAGAUAGUGAUCAAGUCCUUGCCAGAGGAAGCAGAGGAGAACGAGGAUAACAACAGCAAUAAGGCAAAAGAAAAUAUACCGAUUAAAUAGACUUGUUAGACUUUACAGAUGGGUAUCAUUGGGUAGUCAAAUUUUUACUCAAAUACAUGUAAGCAGGUCGGUCAUCUGCUCACGCUCAGUGUAAAGGAAACUCAGCCGUUGUUUUACGUUGUUGUUACUUUAUGUUCUUCUGUGUGCUAUUACGUUUUUACGAUACACUCACCUUCAAGCUGUUUUUAAGAACUUGAUAAAAUGAUAAGUAAUAAAAUGAUAGUGCAAAAGAGGAACUCAACCUGAGUCAACUCCUGAAUAAGUACAAAUAUCCCGAUGAAUACCGUUCUGCAAUUCAUACUCUCAAAUUUUAAUUUUUUUACUCAACUGAUAGCUUAGCAAUCACUCUUGACCACUGACAAAAUUAGCUCCUUGGUUUUAAAAUGUUGAGCGUUUAUUACGGUCAAAGUUACGAAUUGUAGCCUGGGAAACAAUUCCAGCUGCAUAGUAUUUUAAGCACAUAAGACUUGGCGACAAUUAGGUUUCAGAUAGAUAAAGAGAACACCUCUACUGUAUUCCUAAAAUGAAAUUCCAUGGGAUGACGCUCAAGUUAUGGACCAGAAGAUUUAUCAUCCAUUGGCUUCAUACUAAGAGAAGAUAGUAGUGAUAUACUAUUAUUCAACUACAUUUGUAUAGUUUUGAAAUUGAACGGAAGUGGUAUUAUUUCUUAGAAAACAGAACACACUCGUACAGACCUGUGUUUCUCUACCUAUGCUCCCUUGGUAUGAUUGAGGUAAUGAUCAUAAACAGACGUCAUUAAGCAGAGAGGAUCUACUUACAAAGGUUGUUUUGAAAAAGAUGUAUAGCUUGUCAUAUAAGUUUAAUAGGUAUGCAUUUCUUUAACAUUCACUUUGUAGUUAGAUCUGUCUUACUUAAUGAUAUCCCAAUGUGAGAACACAAUAAAUGUUCUAACCACCGACCAACAAGAGGACAGCAAAAGGAGCAAUCUUUACUUUUUUCGAAAUGAAGGCCUCAAUAGCUUUUUCUUUUUCACCUAUAACAAAUAGUAAAAAUUCAAGGGACCUCCUGAAAGAGGACCAGAAACUCAGCUAGGCACCACUUCCACCUAAAAUUUUUGUACCUUACACUAUCCCCCACUAGUAAUGUGGAUAAUAUGCAUUGUCGGUGAAACUAUAAGGAGCCCUUCCUGAUAUGUGUAAAUUAAGCUAAACAAUGGAAAAGCUGCCCUCGUAGGCCAUUUUCCUAUCUACUGACACAAAUUCAAGGGUUAAAUAUCACCAAUUCCUGCUUUGCAGACCAUUGCUGCGAAAAUUUUUUAAAGACACUUUAAAUACAUUCCUUUGACUUCAUUCCAGAUUUCAUUGAACCAAAAGUAUUAACUGCUGAUAGGUUAAGAUAUGGCGUUUGGAUGAUUGCAUUGCAGUUGUAAAUUUAGUAAAAUCCUUAGUUCUAGGACAAGGUAGUGAAUAAUUGAUGAAUACAUUAGUAAAGAGAAGGGUUCAUCACAAAGGAUGAGCUAAGGAAAUCUAGCGUCAUUAUGUUAUUGAUAUAAUAUUUCUUUCCUUUCUUAUUUUUUUGCUCCAUUAAGUUCGGAGCAGUUCAUUUAAUGCAUUCCGUUAAAAGGGUUUAUGAAAUAUUUGUGUCUUACAGAAUUUAUUUUCCGUGGACAAUGAGACUAUUAGCUAGAAGUUAAGCUUUCUUGUGAGGCCAGUGUGACCGCACUUAAACAGUUUAUUAGAUAUUGUGUAAACAUUUCUGUAGGUAAAUACUUGACCAAGGUUGACUGUGAUUCUUAUAAUUAUGAAUUUAGAGAGCAUACGAUAACUUUAAUGUUUCUUUUAUACAAAAUACUUGAUGGAUUUAAAAGAAAAUGCAAAAUCAUCUUCUUUUUUCCUUCUCAUCCGGUGACGAUGGAAUGCAUUGUGAUUAGAAAAAUAUGCCAAAAUUAAAUAUUUAUUUUCAUAAAUUGA